AUGGCGAUGACCCCAGCGGCUUCAUCUCUCUUUCAGAUGCUGAGGCUCCUGCUUGCCUUCACCCUCCUUCUAAUCCAGGUCAACGCGGAGGGCAUUUGCUAUGACAGACUCGGCUGCUUCCCAAGUGGAUAUCCAUGGACAGGGACAAAGGAGAGGCCUGCUAACAAACUCCCCUGGAGCCCGGAAAAGAUCAACACACGUUUCCUGCUGUACACUAGGCAGAACCCAAACAAUUAUCAGGAACUUAGUGGAACAAACCCUGAGACAGUAGAUGCUUCAAACUUUGACCUUGAUCAGAAAUCAGUGUUCAUCAUGCAUGGAUACUUGGAAAAUGGAGAUGUUAGCUGGGCUGUAGAUCUAUGCAAGACGAUUCUGCGUGUGGAUGACGUAAACUGUAUCUGCGUUGAUUGGCGAGGGGGUUCACAAUGUUCCUACAGCCAGGCUGCUCAAAACAUCCGAGUUGUGGGCACGGAAAUUGCAUACUUCCUGGACACUCUGGAGAGUCACUAUAAUUACACCAUAUCUAAUGUGUACCUGGUUGGACACAGUCUAGGGGCCCACGCAGCCGGGGAGGCAGGGAAACGGGCACCAGGCAUUCCUCGGAUUACUGGGCUUGAUCCUGUGGAGCCGUAUUUCCAGAACACGCCACCGGAAGUCCGACUGGAUCCCACUGAUGCGUUCUUUGUUGAUGUGAUUCACACGGAUGGUUCAUCCCAAUUUCCCAGUAUUGGAUUCGGGAUGAUUCAGGCUUGUGGACACAUGGACUUCUACCCAAACGGUGGUGAGAACAUGCCAGGCUGCAGCAAGAACAUCCUUUCAACAAUCCUGGACAUUGAUGGGAUAUGGCAGGGUACAAAGAACUUCCUUUCCUGCAACCACUUCCGUGCAGUUCGAUAUUUUUCGGAGAGUGUUGUGUCACCUGAUGGUUUUUUGGCCUUUCCUUGUGGCAGUGAGAAAGAGUUUCAGGCAGAGGAAUGCUUUGCGUGCCCAACUGAAGGCUGUCCAACUAUGGGCUACACGAUCGGGCCAUAUCGCCCAGCACCUGGGCUUCUACACCAGACCUUCUACCUUCGAACAGGAGAAUCCAGCCCCUAUGGAGUUUGGCGUUACAAUGUGUCUGUGACACUGUCUGGUUCCCACUCUGUUUCUGGGAUUCUGAAUGUUGCUUUGUAUGGAUCCAAAGGGAACACUCGACAGCAUCAAAUCACCAAAACGAAACUCCAUCCAGGCAAAACAUACUGGGCGCUCAUUGAUGCAGAACAUGAUGUGGGUGAUGUAACCAAAGUGAAGUUUCUGUGGAACAACAAUGUGAUCAACAUCUUCCAACCCAAGCUCGGAGCUGAGAGCAUCACCCUGGUGCGAGCGAAGGACCACACCAGUUUCCGGUUUUGUGGGAAUGAGAUGGUUAAAGAGGAGACUCUGCAAACUCUCACUCCCUGCACCUCGUAGAAAAAAACAAACUGUGCUGAUUCAACUACACACCAAAUCUGUCUGUGAGAGAAACAGAGACAACUCUUCCAUUCCCAAUUCCAUCCUGAAUGUUUCUGUGAAUUAUCCUGGGAAAUUUGGAAUCGAAGAGAAGGGGAAAUAACACAAAUCAAGGUCACAGACAAUUGAUUGGUAAAGGAAUAUUUCAAAAUCCUCGACAAACUGUACAUCAGAAAAUCCGAUGAGGUCAGAUCAUUCCUGUCAAAGCAUUGUUCCAGUUUGAUUUC